AAAACCAACGUACUUGCAGGACGCGUCGAUUUUAUUAAUUGACCAUAUUAUGGGACGAUGGCGACUAUAUGGUGAUUAUUGUAUCUAGCACAUCUGUCGUGUGAUAAUACAUCUUUCGACGUUAUUAUACGCAAAGUGGUGGACUUCAAGAGACAGAGAACAUAUCAGGCUUUUUCUGCGAAAAUUGCCGCCAACACUAAGUGGAUUUGUUGCCAGCCGCAUCGCUGUAAAUAAGUUAGUGUAAACAAUCAAGAAUUCAACAAAAUAAAUUCGGUAUCAAAGAGUCGUUUCUAAGUUUUAUUCGAUAUAUUCGGCCGGCAAACUUUCAGUGAAUAGAAAUGCUGCCAUUGUCUUUGCUUAAAACUGCCCAAAACCAUCCUAUGCUGGUGGAAUUGAAAAACGGUGAGACGUACAAUGGGCAUCUUGUCAGUUGUGACAAUUGGAUGAAUAUUAACUUGCGUGAAGUCAUCUGUACAUCAAGGGAUGGUGAUAAAUUCUGGCGUUUACCCGAAUGCUAUAUUCGGGGCAACACUAUCAGAUUCCUUCGAAUUCCCGACGAAGUCAUCGACAUGGUCAAAGAGGACCUUCAGUCUGGCCAGGGUGGUGGAGGCCGGGGUGGACGCGGCCGAGGCAAUUUCCGCGGAAGGGGUGGGCCUCGAGGCGGUCACCAUCGAGGAGCUCCCGGAGGGCAUCGCGGUAGAGGGAUGUAAAUAUGUGGACUAAUGAACCUAAAACUGCUAAUAAAAAUCACACAACGAUUUGACAAAAGUUAGGCUGCCGAUCAGCCACCAACGACAAACGCACAUUUAACUAACAGAGUCACCAAAACGUCGUUUCGAGAUAGUCUAUACCCAGCGUUCAGCAGCUUUCGGCUCAGGACAUCGACUCCGUAUUACGAACUUGUACCAUAAGAGAAAUACGCUGCUUCAAGACAUUCACCUGUGGAAGUCACUAGUGUGACAUUUGUCACAAGCGAUCCAAGCAAUAUUCGCUGGCUAGUAAUGCCUGAGUAGUGUUAACAAUAUAAUGCCUCUCCAUUCAAUUGUAGCCAGGGGUUAACCAUAUUUCCUUCUUGUAUGUAUAUACUAAUCUCUUGAGCUGAACAAAUAAUGGUAACGCUGAAUGUAUGUUAAAAGGUGAAGCAUAAAUGUGCAUUCAUUACGGUGGCAUCGUGGGUUGAAUCAUUAUAGAAUCGCUAAUACUGUAAUUCGCUUUGAUAUCUAUACAUAAAUACCAAGUAAUAGAUCAUGAUUAGACUAGCACGCGAUGGGAAUGAACCGAAUUGUAAAUAUGUCUUGAAUUUACUGUAAUAAAUAUAAAUUGUAGUAAUCGUAGCACUAAACGGUGCGCGUA